GAUAUAACAACAAAAUCAUAAAAGUUACAAAAAUUAAAAGUAAAGAGAUCUUAAGUAUAUGCAAACGAGGUGUGUGUCUUGUUUGCACCUUGUUUUUCCUUAUUUGUAAUGGUUUCAGUCUAAGCCACUAUCUCAUAGACACACUCAGAAGAAUGAUUCAUCUACCAAAACUACUUUGUCCUGCAUUUCUAAAAUACCUUCCAAAUUUGGUUUUUUCACCUUCUCUUUAUCAUUUCAACUUCGAAAAGAUCUUUACUUUCUUUCUCUGUUUUUUAUUUUUCAUUUCCUUUAGCUGAAACAACAAAUCAAAUUAACAGUAAUGGCGCCCAAAAGAAGGCAACACAAAAAGGUUGGCAACAUGAGAAUGGAUGCUGCUUUGGAUGCAAUGAGACAACUUGGAUUUGAAGAAAAACUUGUUCGAGGAACGAUUAAGGAGCUUCUUGAUGUUUAUGAAGGAACUCAAGGAUGGCCCUUUAUUGAAGAGGGAUCUUACAAACUUCUAAUUGAAACUAUACUUUGCAAGCAACAAACUUGUGUUCAAAAAAUGGAGGGUUAUUUGCAGGGUGGUGUUGGUGAGACAUCAUCAGCUGCUACUUCCACAACUGGGAUAACUGAAGUUGGCUCCUCUGUUCUCGUGGCUCAGGACUCUGUAUUGCAUGGUACCCAUGAUUUGGACUCUGCAUCUCAAACCAAUGAUCAUCAUGAUUAUGUUCCAAUUGCCAAUCUAGAAGUAGAAACUAAUAUUAAGGUUACAAAUGUGUCAACUGAGAGAUGUGAAGAUGGACGAGACAUUGGCAUGGAGUCUAAAAAUGAGCAAAAGCCAAUGGACAAUGUCAAAGAAAGCAAUUAUAAAACAUUUGUGAGCAAUGUUGAGACUAAUGUUAUGAAGAGUUCUAUGAUUGAAUCCUCAAAAAGAAGUGAAAAGCUUCCAAGCAAUAGGCGUAGACGUUACCAUGGAUGGAUUAGUAGUGAUGAUAACAAUGUGGACUUUCUAUACUUUCCACGUCCACCAUUACCUGAACAUAUAGAGAAGUUGAUUGGGAAGAGUGAAGCUACUCAGAUACCAAGGCGUAAGAGUAGAUGGGACGAAAAACCAGAUGUAUGUGAAUGCUAAAUUGUGAAUGAAUGAAUCUCUUGGGUCUGGUUUGUUUUGCUCUUGUAUGUGAUUCAUGUGUGAUAGGGAGCAAAGGAUAGGCCACCAAGGUAAUUACACUACAAAAUACAAGGUUAUCUCAUAUAUGUAUAUGCUUAUUUCUAUUACUAUAUUUUGUAAUAUUUCUCGUAUUUAUAUCGUAACAUCACAAAAUCAACAACCAAUUUACUACUUAGCAA